GGCGGCUGUUUUGGGAUCCUAUGUUCGUAAAUUCUGACUUUUGCAUAUAUUCCCAGUUAUUCGUGGUAUAUUCAUUCAUUCUUCAUCUUUAUAACGUCUAAUGGUAAUAAGUAUUGUUCUAACACUCGUUAUUGUAUGUUAUCCGACUAUUGUGAUAGAUUCUGCUCAUUGGCAAUCGUUUUCUAUAACAAAUUAUUGGAUUAUUCACUCGACUAAUAUGAAACCACAAGUGCUGUAAUACGGCGUAGUAAAAACGGGAUAUUCAGAAGUGUUUUACAAUCCUAACCUUAUCACCAUACAUUGAUUACAACUUAAUAACUCGAUUAAAUAAAAAUAUUCAUUCUUAAAUCCAAUGCAAGAGUAUAAACUUGUUGUUCUGGGAAGUGGGGGUGUCGGAAAAAGUGCAUUGACUGUGCAGUUUGUACAAGGAAUCUUUGUGGAAAAGUAUGAUCCAACCAUUGAGGAUAGCUAUAGAAAACAAAUCGAGAUUGAUAACAGGCAGUGUAUGUUGGAAAUUCUUGACACAGCUGGCACGGAACAAUUCACUGCUAUGCGUGAUCUGUACAUUAAAAAUGGUCAAGGCUUUGUUUUAUGUUACUCAGUUACAUCACAAUCCAGUUUUAAUGAUCUACAAGGUUUGCAUGAACAAAUUCAACGUGUCAAAGAUGUUUCCAAUGUCCCACUUAUAAUUGUAGGAAAUAAAUGUGAUUUAGCAGAUGAACGAGUAGUUUGUCGUGAACAGGGUCAUGCGCUUAGUCGACAAUUAAAUUGUUCAUUUAUGGAAACAAGUGCCAAAGCUAAAAUUAAUGUGAAUGAAGUAUGUUUCAUUCAUUUUUUAUAUUUAAUCAUUUUAAAGUAUCCAAUAUGAUAUACAUAAACUGUAGUUGCCAACUUGACAAUGGCAGUCGGGUUUGGAUAUCAUUGUGACUCAACCUAAUUAUAUUGGCUAGAACAUCCGUUUCUUUAAAUACUAUCAUUCUAGGCUAUCGUUGGCAUCUGCUGAUGCCCUCGACAUAUAGAAAGCCAAAUUGAGAAGGAUAAUUAACUCUUAGAACACCUACAGCCAUUAAAUAUAUAAAAUACAUAAUAAUUAUGAGUAGUAUAUCUCUGAGUGUUAAGUAGUUGGAAAAGAUUGGCAAGAAUCCAUCGACCUAGGUUUCAUCCUAGUUGGUAAUGGUCAUCAGGGUGUAUCUUCAAUCUUGAGAGUAAUAAUGCCACAACCAGUGAGAUUCAGACCUGCACCACUCAGUUUCACAUAACCGAAGGAGUUAUCAUUGAGCUAUUCAGGUCACGACUGAUAUUUUUCAAAACAUGUACUUUAAUCACACCAGGUUAAUGACUUUUGUUAUCAAUCAACGUAAACAUAGUUUGAGAAGUGCUUAUUAUAAUUAGGUUUGAAUAAAGCAGAAAGAACGAACGUUGCAGAAUAACGUGAAUUCAUUUGUUUCGUUGUUUCUCUUCAGCUGUUUACAAAUUAUAUGUAGUCGUAUUAAUUAUUUAAAAAAAUAAAACGAUUUACAUAUUUUGUAUCAUAAUAUUAGAAAUUCUCUCGCUAGUGAGGCUUAAUAAAAAGUGAAAGAUGAUAGACAAAUUACAUGGGAUCAAUCUUUAAAAUCAUUAACUAGUUUAAGGUGUGUCGUUAGGUUCAAACUUACUAUCAGUUGUAUUCUUUACCUCUGUUCUAGAUCCUGAGUUGAGCGUCAUUUCUAGCUGUUCAUUCUUUGAUUCCAUGUGCUACUUCUUAAAUAUGGACUCAGAAAAGCCACAUUAAGAGGUUCCCUUAGAGUUGAACUAAGUGAUGAAAAAGCUAAGGGUAAAUUCCAAGAACAAUUGAAGUCACAUUUAAGUAAUUUUCAAAACGAACCUGACCGAUAUGUUAUCUGGAAAGAUAUACGAACAACCGCGCAAACAGCAGCGACAUCUAUUAGUGAUUUGAACCAAAGGGUUACGAAAAACCAGUUGAUUUCUGCGAUAUCUCUUGGGCUGAUAGCCUCUCGUAUGACAGACUAUCAUCUGAUUUUGCAACCGCAAGUGGUGUCCGAUAAGGCUGUCUAUUAUCUCCAUUUUUCUUCAAUUUCAUCAUAGACCUGCUGCUGGAAAUAACGUUCUCAUCGUCGGAAUUUUCGGGAAUCAAUCUCCUACCAAGAGGUCCACUUAUUGACUUGGAAUACGCAGAUAACAUAGUCCUGUUUAGUGAAGACGCUGAUGAAAUUCAGUCUUUUGAUAACACUGAGCAACAAUGCCAGAAUGUUUGGGAUGCACUUCUCCCUCUCUAAAUGCAAGUUGUUGCUCCAGGACUGGCCCGCGUCGACAACUUCACUUAUCUUGGAGGUCUGAUCAGCCUCAAUGGGUCGGUGUCUGACGAAAGCGAGAUAUCCGUCUAUCAAUUAAGGGACGAGUAUAUUGUUCAGCAGUUCGUUCUGUCUUAAUUAACGGCUAUGAAAUGUGGCCAUUAAGGGUAGAGGAUACUCGUAGGUUACUGGUAGUUGGUCACAUGUCUUAAAAAUAUUACUGGGAUCACCGGGUAAGUAAUAGUGAAGUCAGAUGCAGAGUAUUAGGGAAUGAUGGUAAAUCAGUUGAUGAGGUUGUGAAUCCUCAUCGACUGAGAUGGUUGGGCCACGUGUUAUGUGUGCCUGGACACCGAUUAUCACGACCCGCAAUGCUGACUAGUGUUAGAGACGGUUAGAAGGAAGUUAGGGGCGGCCAAACCAAAACGUGGCAUCAGUCCUUGAAGUCACUAACUUCUGGUCUGAGUCAUGUUGGUAGAUGCAGACUUGCGUGACUAUCGUAACCGGUGGUUGGAGACUGUGUGUGACAUGACCCAAAAUCAAUCACACUGAUGUUGGUGUAUACACUCUUUGUUUUCCCCUAAACCUUGAGAUUAAAAUUGCUCUAUAUUCUUUAUACGAACUAAUUCUUUCUCUUUGUACCAUGUCCUAAUAUGCAAUCUUUUUAAAAAAUAUAUUAUUGCCAUUGAAGUAACUGUUUCUGUGAAUUUGAUGUUCAUCUUAUUGUGCUAAGGGAGUGUCGGAACUUGGACCGAUGCACAUAUGUGCUUGGUCCUACGUUGUAGUUGACUGACUGACUUAUUAACUAUACUUCAUACUUUUUACAAUUAAAUGGAGUAUCUAGCGGUAGGGUGUAUGAGGUGCGUCUCGUCCUGGUUUGGGACUCGUCAGUUAAGUUUUCAUGCAUCUUACUGUUGAUGUUCACUUUUGAGUUCACGCUCUAGGACCUUUGCGUUACGAAUUUAUUUGUAAAGAGAUCCUAGCAUUAUUAUCAUACUCGUUGAACAUCUUAAUAGCCAUCUAACUCUGUGGAUGAUGUAUUGGUGUUUAAAACGGGAGGCCCUGGGUUCGAGUCCCAAAUAGGAUGAGACGUCCGUUUGUCAUUCUACUGUUAGCCACAUUCCAUCUAUUUCAAAUAAAUUAGUGACAUUAUAGCUAUAUCAACGCGGUCCUCACAGGAUGCGCAAGUACUAACAAGGAUCGAUCAAAAUUCAGUCCAGAAUAUCAACUGCAGGAUAAUACUUUUGCUACUCUCGGUUUUCCUCGUCUACACGAAUGGGAUGCUAAAUCAGGAAACAGUAGUCGUAAAUGAAUGACUUAUGACGGUAAUACGAAAGAAGGCACAAAUAAUAUAUUGCUACUACAUUAGUGACAAGCUUUUCUGAGUUUUAUGUGUUCCUUUUUCUUGAAUUCAACGUCGUUUGUAUAGACUCACUGUAAACAUAAUACUGGAGCCCAUGUGCACCAUUGGUUUGGAAUGAGGGUUUUCUACCCCCUAGGUGGAUUCUCCGUGUCCACUAAUUCGGUUAAAGCACCGGACAUUGGCUUUUCUUCCUCUCAAUUUCGUAAACAACACCCCUGUCACGAGAAUGCAGUGAGUAGGACUUCCCUGGCAGAGGCUAAUAUACGUAUGGCCGUGUGAGAGCAUUUCGAGAGGGAGAGCUGACUUUCCCUACUCUCGGCCGUACCAGAGCAUUUGGGGGCACGCAUUCGAUAGUCAACAUCCUGGUUUUGUAUUUACUUGCUAUAACUUUGAAUUCCUUUUCUCAAUCCUGAUUGGUUCAGCACGAUAAUUAAUUUUAGUCCUGAGUAGUUUUCUCACUUUAAUCUGUUUAAUAAAUUUGUAAAAUAUCUCAUUAAAAUCAUUGUUUUAACUUUAUCCUAUAUAAUAAUUUUUUUUCAUUUUUUCUGUAAACAAAAAAUGUAGAUUUUCUUUGAUCUUGUCCGACAAAUCAACAAGCAAAUGCCACAAGUGAAACAGAAAACAUCGAAACGAAAAUGUCUAAUUCUCUAACUUUGGGUUUUUACUACUUGUUUUCUUUCUCGGUUCUCUUGUCUUAUUUUUCGUCUUUAUAACAGAACAACUACAAUAAUAAUAAUUGGACAAAGAACACUUGAUCUCAUAUGUUGUACGCGUGUGUGUGCGUGUCAGCGGGGGACUGGUAUUAAAAUCAAUCUGUUUCCUGUGUUUCUACUUUGUUCCUGUUUUGAUUUUUUGUUUCCCACCUAGCGUAAAAUGUAUACAUGUACAUCUCAAUAUUUUUAGGAUUUGUUUAUUUAUGAGGUAUUUGAGAAGCUGUAUGCACAGAGUUUUGUCCCUGAAACGCAUGUGUUAACUACAAAACAGGAAUUAUUAUGCAUUUCAUUACCGACACCUAUAAAACCACACUCACCUACUCACCAUCUAUCUAUCUACAUUUAUUUUUGUUAUCCUCAUAUAACUCCCCAGUGCCAUUCCUUUUAUGUAUAAAUUGAUAGCACAGCAAUAAUAAUGAUAACGUGUUUUACCUUUAUAUGUGAAUUUAUUUUCAUGCUUCCUUUUUUGUAUUUGUCCUCCGAAAAUGGCUGAUUUUAUUGUGUGUUUUUAAAAAAUAAAACACUCAUCUAUUGUCUCAUUGUUCUCUGUGCAUAUAUAAUGUUAAUUAUAUGCAUGUGAAACUGAAGAGGACUGGUCUUUCUUAUCGUUUACCACUUUGCUGUUGUUGUUAUGGUUUUUAUCGUCGUGGUCCUUAUCUAUUUUCGAUCUACAUAGCUCAAAUGUUUGUGUACGUGUGAAAGAGUUCAAGGGGAAGUAUAUGGAAAUAUUUGUUUUUCUAUCUACUUAAUAAUAAUACUCAGCAUUAUCAGUCAAAUUUAUGAUGUUUUUUCUUCUCAGUCUGUCGCUAGUGUUAUUAUCAUUAUUAUGUUAACGUUUCUUUUGCUUUCUUACAUAUGUUAUAACUUUCAGUUAUUGGAUGACUCGUGACACUUUGUAUCGACCUCUCUAUCAAUAAUUUUGACACGGAAGGCUGAAUAUUGUUAGUAUUACUAGUCUGUUUAUGCUGAGUUUGUCCACAUACCUCUCGUAUUUUCACUAUUAUGAGAUGUUGGUGCAUUGUUAUACUUAAUCAUCAUCUACAUACAGAUACUUGUCUAUCGUUAUUCUUCGUUAUAAGUAAUAAAUUGUGAUUUAUCGAUUGUUUUACUGUAUUCCUGUUCUCACGUAAUUUACUUUAAACAAACAAUAUAUUUAUAAUUAAACUGUACAUCUAUAUUCAUUCUUUGUUUCCCCGUCAUCGUGUUGUAAUAAUUAAGCUGCUUGUGUUUAUUGACUUUCUGCAUUAUUCCAGCCUGUUUAUUAAAGUAAAAAAAGCUUUUAUCGUUCUUCAUCCUUUCUAGUAACCUGUUUUUUUUAACAAAAGAAAUUGCGACUAAUUACAUUAUUUAGCGAAUUUUUUAUUGCUAAUAUCCUUUAGUAUUACUAUUACUAUCAUUAUGGAUAGUAUUAGUAUCGUUGGUGUUCCUAUCAAUGUAUUCUUUUCCUAGUUGUAUAAGGUUUUCGUUUAUCUCUGAUAUUUGUCUUUUAUAAGGAGUAAACUGUACUUUUUCCUAUAGUCAAUUAAUGUUCACCUAUUCUCUCGAGGAGUAAAACAAUGAUGCGCUUGAUAUUACUGUUAUUGUGAUUAUUAUUGGUAGUAGUAUGAUAGUGAUUAUUAAUAUGCUUAUUACUAUUAUUUAUGAUUAUUAUUAUCAUUUAGACCUUCUCUUUGCUUUUCUUCCCUUCCGUUGAUUGACGUUGUGUUUUGAAUAUGAGAGGGGAAAAAUAUAAACAUAAUUUGCAUUUUG